GUUAGUGUCCUCUCCCGUCACUCUCUCUCGCAACAGCGUGAGAGCCACAGGACUCAUGCUGUCCACCAGCUCACCCACACACACGAGUGAGAGACAUUAAGAGAGUGUGAGAGACAGAGGGGUACAGGAACACAGAAGGACGGAGAGAGAGGGAGGCACAUAGCAAAGGAGAUUAAAAAAAAUCUACAUCCCAAGGAGAGAAAACAUAAGGAUUUUCUCUUUUCUCCCGAGGAGCUGCGAAUAACCCUCAGUGAAGGAUGGCAGAAGGGGGAGAGGGAGAGGAGGAGAUCCAGUUCCUGCGAACGGAUGACCAGGUUGUUCUGCAGUGCACUGCCUCCGUCCUGAAGGAGCAGAUUAAGUUAUGUCUUUCCUGCGAGGGCUUCGGGAACCGCCUCUGCUUCCUGGAAACCACAUCCAACGCUCAGAAUGUGCCCCCAGAUCUGGCCAUAUGUACCUUGAUUCUGGAGCAGUCCCUGUCGGUUCGUGCUCUGCAGGAGAUGCUGGCCAACACGGUGGAGAUGACUGAGUCGUCCCAAGGUGGAGGUCAUCGUACCUUACUGUAUGGACAUGCCAUCCUUCUAAGACACCACCACUCAGGCAUGUACCUGAGCUGUUUGACGACAUCUCGCUCACUCACGGACAAGCUGGCCUUCGACGUGGGCUUACAAGAAGACUCCAUUGGUGAGGCAUGUUGGUGGACGAUUCAUCCAGCCUCUAAGCAAAGGUCAGAAGGUGAAAAGGUCAGGGUGGGUGACGACCUCAUCCUUGUUAGCGUGUCCUCUGAGAGAUACCUGCAUCUGUCAUAUGCCAGUGGAGACCUGAUGGUGGAUGCCUCCUUCAUGCAGACUCUGUGGAACAUGAACCCCAUCAGUUCAGGGUGUGAACUAGCUGAAGGUUAUUUGACCGGAGGUCACGUUUUAAGGCUCUUCCACGGGCACAUGGACGAGUGUCUGGCCAUCUCUACACCAGAGGAAGGAGAGGAAAAGCGAAGGUUGGCUCACUAUGAAGGCGGUGCUGUGUGCAGUCAAGCUCGAUCCCUGUGGAGGUUGGAACCUCUUAGAAUCAGCUGGAGCGGUAGCCACAUGAAAUGGGGGCAGUCUUUCCGUAUUCGCCAUAUCACCACAGGCCGGUACCUGUGUCUGGAUGAAGAGAAGGGUCUGUUGGUGGUUGACCCAGAGAAGGCCAACACCAAACUGUCUGCUUUCUGCUUUCGUGCAUCAAAGGAGAAGGUGGAUGUGGCUCAGAAGCGUGAUGUUGAGGGCAUGGGCAUUCCAGAGAUAAAGUAUGGAGAGUCCAUGUGCUUCGUCCAGCAUGUGGACAAAGCACUGUGGCUCACAUAUGCAGCCCUGGAUGCCAAAGCUGCUCGCUUGGGAAUGAUGAAGAGAAAGGUCAUUCUGCACCAAGAGGGUCAUAUGGACGAUGCCUUAACUGUGUCCCGCUCACAGACUGAAGAGUCUCAGGCUGCUCGAAUGAUUUACAGCACUACAGGCCUCUUCAGGCAGUUCAUCAAGGGAUUGGACUCUCUGAAAGGGAAGAACAAGUCACCAGGGGGUGUGUCACUCCCUCUGGAUGGCGUCGUCCUCUCUCUUCAGGAUCUCAUCUUUUACUUCCGUCCACCCGAGGAGGAACUAGAGCACGAGGAGAAACAAACCAAGCUCCGCUCCCUGCGCAACCGGCAGAAUCUCUUUCAAGAGGAGGGUAUGAUCACCAUCGUACUGGAGUGCAUCGACCGCCUGAAUGUGUACAACACUGCCGCUCACUUUUCUGAAUUUGCCGGGGAGGAAGCUGCAGAGUCCUGGAAGGAGAUUGUGAACCUGCUUUAUGAGCUGCUGGCUUCUUUAAUCAGGGGAAACCGCUCGAAUUGUGCUUUGUUCUGUGACAACCUGGACUGGCUGGUUAGCAAGUUGGACCGUCUGGAGGCCUCUUCUGGUAUUCUGGAGGUGCUUUACUGUGUGCUCAUUGAAAGCCCUGAGGUUCUGAACAUCAUCCAGGAGAACCACAUUAAAUCAAUCAUCUCUCUCCUGGACAAACACGGAAGGAACCAUAAGGUCCUGGAUGUCUUGCGCUCUCUUUGUGUGUGUAAUGGUGUAGCUGUGAGGUCCAAUCAAAACCUCAUCACUGAAAACCUGCUUCCAGGUCGUGAGCUCUUGCUGCAGACCAACAUUGUCAACUAUGUAACCAGUGUAAGGCCCAACAUCUUCCUGGGUACUUGUGAGGGAUCCACGCAGUUUAAGAAGUGGUACUAUGAGAUGAUUGUAGACCAUGUGGAACCCUUUGUGACAGCACAGGCUACUCACCUGCGUGUGGGCUGGGCUAUGACCGAGGGCUACAGCCCUUAUCCUGGAGGAGGAGAAGGCUGGGGAGGAAACGGUGUGGGUGACGACCUUUACUCCUAUGCAUUUGAUGGACUGCAUCUAUGGUCAGGUACUAUCCCUCGCCAGGUGGCUUCACCCACUGCUCACGCUUUUGCUGCCGAUGACGUUGUCAGCUGCUGUCUGGAUCUGAGCGUGCCCAGUAUCUCCUUCCGUAUCAAUGGCCACCCAGUUCAGGGCAUGUUUGAGAACUUCAACGUGGACAGCCUCUUCUUCCCUGUCAUCAGCUUCUCUGCUGGAGUCAAGGCUCGGUUCCUUCUUGGCGGUCGUCAUGGAGACUUCAAGUUCAUGCCCCCACCGGGUUAUGCUCCGUGCUAUGAGGCUCUGCUGCCUAGAGAGAGGAUGCGCAUUGAGCCCAUCAAGGAGUACAAGCACGACUAUAGUGGUGUGCGCAACCUGUUGGGUCCCAUCCUGUCCCUCACCCACACCUCUUUCACCCCCUGCCCCGUGGACACGGUUCAGAUUGUACUGCCACCCCACUUGGAGCGUAUCCGAGAGAAGCUGGCGGAGAACAUUCACGAGCUCUGGGCUGUCACUCGUAUUGAGCAGGGCUGGACGUUUGGGACUUUCAGGGAUGAUAACAAGAAACUCCAUCCCUGUCUGGUGGACUUCCAGGGUCUUCCUGAGCCAGAAAAGAACUACAACCUGCAGAUGUCUGGGGAGACACUGAAGACUCUCUUGGCACUGGGUUGUCAUGUUGGUAUGGGAGAUGAGAAAGCAGAAGAGAAUCUAAAGAAGAUCAAGCUGCCCAAGACAUAUGUGAUGACUAAUGGAUACAAGCCUGCCCCCCUUGACCUCAACCAUGUCAAACUGACACCGAAUCAGAACCAGCUUGUAGAAAAACUGGCAGAAAAUGGACAUAAUGUUUGGGCAAGGGAUCGGGUACGACAAGGAUGGACCUACAGUAUUGUGCAGGACAUCAUAAAUAAGCGAAACCCUCGUCUGGUACCUUACAACCUUCUGGAUGAGAGAACUAAGAAAACCAACCGAGACAGUGUUAACAACGCUGUCCGCACCCUCAUUGGCUAUGGCUACAACAUUGAACCUCCAGACCAGGAGAGCACCGGCCAUGGCCUUGAGAACUCCCGCGGGGACAAGGUACGAAUCUUCAGGGCAGAGAGGUCCUACGCUAUCACCCAAGGGAAGUGGUACUUUGAGUUUGAAGCAGUGUCGACGGGGGAGAUGAGAGUGGGCUGGGCACGUCCGAAUGUCCGCUCAGACACUGAACUGGGAGCAGAUGAACUGGCCUAUGUCUUUAAUGGCAAUAAGGCUCAGAGAUGGCAUAUUGGCAAUGAACCAUUUGGUCGGCAGUGGCAGUCUGGUGAUGUUGUGGGUUGUAUGAUUGACCUCACAGAAAUGAACAUCAUGUUCACACUCAACGGAGAAAUGCUGAUCAGUGACUCCGGUUCAGAGAUGGCUUUCAAAGACAUUGAAAUUGGAGAAGGUUUCAUCCCAGUGUGCGCGCUGGGCUUGUCUCAGGUCGGAAGGAUUAAUCUUGGUCAGAAUGUCAGCAGUCUGCGCUACUUUGCCAUCUGUGGCCUGCAGGAAGGAUUUGAACCUUUUGCCAUCAAUAUGAAGAGAGACAUUACAAUGUGGUUCAGUAAAAGUUUGCCCCAGUUUGUGCCUGCACCCAUUGAUCACAGUCAUAUUGAGGUCUCCCGUGUGGAUGGUACUGUGGACAGUGCCCCCUGUCUGAAGCUGACCCACAAGACCUUUGGCUCACAGAAUGCCAAGACAGAUAUGAUGUUCUUUAGACUCAGCAUGCCUGUCCAGUUCCAUGAGACAUUUAAGAUUGAAGCAGGAACCACCCCUCUCACUCGUAUGCUCACCAUCCCAGAGGAGGAGGUGGUGGUGACUGAGCCUGACUCGGAGUUUGAAGUACUGAAGAAGUCUGCCAGUCGCAAGGAGCAGGAGGAAGAAAAGAAGGAGCAAUCUGUACCUAAGGAGCUCUCAGUGGAAAAUGAGAAGGACACAAUGUCGGAAAAGGGAAAGAAGAAAGGCUUUUUCUCCAAGGCAAAGAAGGUUGCCAUGACACCCCUUGCGCCUCCCCCACCUCCUGCUGUACCACGUUUGCAUGAGGACGUGGUCCCUGAUGAUAGAGACGACCCGGAGAUUAUCCUUCACACCACCACUUAUUACUAUUCGGUGAGGAUAUUUGCUGGGCAGGAGCCGUCUGGUGUAUGGAUCGGCUGGGUCACCCCUGACUACCACCAGUUUGAUCCAACCUUUGACCUCUCCAAAGUGCGCAGUGUCACUGUUACCGUGGGUGAUGACAGAGGCAACAUACACAACAGUAUGAAGCACAGUAACUGUUACAUGGUGUGGGGAGGGGACCUGGUCAGUAACCAGCAGACCCGCUUCAGCCAGGAGGACAUGGUGGUUGGCUGUCUGGUUGACCUUGCAACAGGUCUUAUGACCUUCACAGCCAAUGGAAAGGAAAUAAACACCUUCUAUCAGGUGGAGCCUAACACCAAGCUGUUUCCUGCCGUCUUUGUUCAACCUACCAAUCAGAACCUGGUGCAGCUGGAGCUUGGCAAACUCAAGAAUAUCAUGCCCAUCUCAGCAGCCAUGUUCCGCAGUGAACGUAACAAUCCAGUCCCCCAGUGCCCUCCUAGACUGGAUGUCCAGAUGCUGACCCCAGUUAUUUGGAGCCGUAUGCCCAAUCACUUUCUCAACCCGGAGGUGGGCAAAGUGAACGAGAGGCUGGGCUGGAUGGUGGAGUGUACUGAACCUCUCAUCAUGAUGGCACUGCACAUUCCAGAGGAGAACAGAUGCAUUGACAUUCUGGAGCUGUCAGAGCGUCAGGAUCUGAUGAAGUUCCACUAUCACACUCUAAUGCUCUACUGCGCUGUGUGUGCACUUGGGAACAACCGAGUGGCUCAUGCCCUGUGUAGCCACGUGGAUGAAUCCCAGCUGUUCUACGCCAUUGAGAACACCUACCUGCCCGGACCUCUCCGCAGCGGCUACUAUGACCUGCUCAUUAGCAUCCACCUGGAGUCUGCCAAACGGGCACGGUUGGGCACCAAUAGGGAGUUUAUCGUCCCCAUGAGUAAAGAUACUCUCAGCAUUCAUCUUUAUCCUGAUACAGAGAGGGCCUAUUCUCUCCCUGGUGUUGGCCUCACCACCUGCUUACGGCCCAAGCUGCAUUUCUCGCCAAUCAACUUUGUCGGCACUGACCCUGACCUGUACACCCUUAGUCCUGUCUUCCCUCUACAAGACCUGAAGACCAGGGCAAUUAGCAUGUUGACCGAGGCUGUGCUUGAUGGUAGCCAGGCAAUGCGGGAUCCAGUAGGAGGCAGUGUAGAGUUUCACUUUGUCCCAAUCCUGAAACUGAUCAGUACACUACUCAUUAUGGGCAUCUUCAACGAUGAAGACACCAAGCACAUUCUCAAGAUGAUUGAUCCAAGUGUUUUCAGUGGAAAAGUAGAGGAAGAGGAGGAGAAAGAGAAAGCCGGGGAGGGUGAAAUAGAGGGUGGGGAGGCAAAGGAGGAGGAGGAAGAAGAGGAGGAACUUGAGGAUGAAGGAGUUGGCGAGGAAGAGGACGAGCUAAAAGCUCUGGAGAAAGGAGAGGAGGAGGAUGAGGCUGAACCUAAGGAGGAAGGAGAUGGGGAGAAGGAGGGACAAGCCAAAGCAGAGAAAGUGGGUGGAGAGAAAGCAGAGGAGGAGAAGGAGGCACUGGAGGCAGAAGCAAAAGAAGAGGAAGAAGGUCUGGAGGAAGGAUUACUUCAGAUGAAGUUGCCAGAGUCUGUAAAACUGCAGAUGUGCACUCUCCUACAAUACUUUUGUGACUGCGAGCUGCGGCACAGAGUUGAAGCCAUUGUGGCUUAUUCUGACCAGUUUGUCAACAAUAUUCAGGGAAAUCAGCGUGUUCGCUACAACGCGCUAAUGAGAGCCUUCACUAUGUCUGCAGCUGAAACUGCACGCAGAACCCGCGAGUUCCGCUCACCUCCACAAGACCAGGUUCUUUUGCUGACCAACUUUAAACAUGGUCCAGAGGAUGAGGAGUGUCCUGUACCUGAGAAAGUGCGAGAUUCUCUGACGCUGUUCCACAAUGACCUCCUGCUUCACUGCGGUAUACAUGUUGAGGAGGAGGCAGAAGAGCAGGAGGUGGACACCUCACUGAAGGGUAGACUCCUCAGUCUGGUGGACAAGAUCAAGAGCUUGCGCAAGAAGGAGGAGGAGGUGAAGCCAGACACCGAGGAGGAGUCAAAGCCCAGCACCCUUCAGGAACUCAUCUCCCACACCAUGAUCCACUGGGCACAGGAGUCGUUCAUCCAGAACCCUGAACUGGUUCGGAUGAUGUUCAGUCUGCUCCACAGGCAGUACGACGGCUUGGGCGAGCUGAUCCGAGCGCUGCCCAAAGCUUAUGCCAUUAACGCCGUGUCUGUCCAGGACACAAUGGACCUACUUGAGUGUUUGGGACAGAUCCGUUCACUCCUUAUUGUCCAGAUGGGCCCAGAGGAAGAGCGGCUCAUGAUCCAGAGCAUCGGGAACAUCAUGAACAACAAGGUGUUCUACCAACACCCCAAUCUGAUGAGAGCUCUUGGUAUGCAUGAGACUGUCAUGGAAGUGAUGGUCAAUGUGUUGGGUGGAGGAGGAGACUCAAAGGAGAUUCGAUUCCCUCAAAUGGUGACCAACUGCUGUCGUUUCUUGUGUUACUUCUGUCGAAUCAGCCGACAGAACCAGCGCUCCAUGUUUGACCAUCUGGGCUACCUUCUACAGAACAGUGGCAUCGGCUUGGGCAUGCGUGGUUCCACACCGCUGGAUGUGGCCGCAGCUUCCUGCAUUGACAACAAUGAGCUGGCCUUGGCUUUGCAAGAACAGGACCUGGAAAUGGUGGUGACAUACUUGGCGGGCUGUGGACUGCAGAGUUGUCCAAUGCUCCUGUCCAAGGGUUACCCUGACAUUGGCUGGAGCCCAGUAGGAGGGGAGAGAUACCUGGAUUUCCUCCGCUUUGCUGUCUUUGUUAACGGAGAGAGCGUGGAAGAGAACGCCAACGUUGUUGUCCGUCUGCUUAUUCGUCGACCUGAGUGCUUUGGUCCGGCCCUGAGGGGAGAGGGCGGGAACGGUCUGCUGGCCGCCAUGGAGGAGGCCAUUAAGAUCUCAGAGGAUCCAGCUAGGGAUGGACCAACUGUCAAAAAAGACAGACGCUUCAUGUUUGGUGGUGAGGAACAGCACGAGGAGAACCGUGUGCAUCUUGGAAAUGCAAUCAUGUCCUUCUACUCAGCCCUUAUUGAUCUGCUGGGACGCUGUGCCCCUGAGAUGCAUCUGAUCCAAGCUGCAAAGGGUGAAGCUCUUAGAAUCAGAGCCAUCCUGAGGUCUCUGGUGCCCAUAGAGGACCUGGUGGGAGUCAUCAGCUUGCCUGUGCAGAUUCCUGCCUAUGGCAAAGAUGGUCAGAUUAUUGAGCCCAAGAUGUCAGCCAGUUUUGUGCCAGACCACAAAGCCUCCAUGGUCCUUUUCCUUGACAGAGUGUAUGGCAUUGAUAAUCAGGACUUCUUGCUUCAUGUUCUGGAGGUUGGCUUCCUGCCUGACAUGAGAGCCGCAGCUUCUCUGGACACAGUGGCAUUCAGUACAACUGAAAUGGCCUUGGCACUGAACCGCUACCUCUGUUCAGCAGUUCUGCCUCUGCUCACCAAGUGUGCCCCGCUGUUUGCUGGGUCGGAUCACCGUGCCAUCAUGAUUGAUUCCAUGCUCCACACUAUCUAUCGUCUGUCUCGAGGCCGAGCCCUGACCAAGGCUCAGAGGGACGUCAUCGAGGAGUGCCUGAUGUCGCUCUGCAAGUACCUUCGACCAUCUAUGCUGCAGCAUCUGCUCAGACGGCUUGUGUUUGACGUGCCCAUCCUCAAUGAAUAUGCAAAGAUGCCUCUCAAGCUGUUGACGAAUCACUAUGAGCGCUGUUGGAAGUAUUACUGCCUGCCUAAUGGAUGGGCCAACUUUGGUGUGACCUCAGAGGAAGAGUUGCAUCUUUCCCGUAAACUUUUCUGGGGAAUCUUUGAAUCUCUUGCACACAAGAAAUUCGAUGCAGAACUCUUCAAGAUCGCCAUGCCCUGCCUUUGUGGUAUAGCAGGUGCCAUCCCUCCUGACUAUGUGGAUGCCACCUAUUCCUCUCACACGGAGAAAAAGGCCUCUGUGGAUGCUGAAGGCAACUUUGAUCCCAAACCAGUGGAGACCACCAACACCAUUAUCCCAGAGAGGCUGGAUGGCUUCAUCAACAAGUUUGCAGAGCACACCCAUGACAGAUGGGCCUUUGAAAAGAUUCAGAACAACUGGACUUAUGGAGAGGUGUUAGAUGAGAAUGCUAAGACCCACCCAAUGCUCCGGCCAUACAAAACCUUUUCUGAAAAGGACAAGGAGAUCUAUCGCUGGCCAAUCAAAGAAUCCGUCAAAGCCAUGCUGGCAUGGGAGUGGACCCUGGAGAAAGCCAGAGACGGCGAAGGAGAUAUAGAGAAGAAGGCUGCCACACGCAAGAUCUCCCAAACUGCACAGGCCACUUAUGAUCCCAGUCAUGGCUACAGCCCUCAGCCAAUAGAUCUCGCAGGUAUGGCCCUGUCCAGAGAGCUACAGUCUAUGGCUGAACAGCUGGCAGAAAACUAUCACAACACCUGGGGCAGGAAGAAGAAGUUGGAGCUACAGGCCAAAGGUUGUGGCAGUCACCCAUUGCUUGUUCCUUAUGACACCUUGACGGCCAAGGAGAAGGCCAGAGACCGAGAGAAGGCCCAGGACCUCCUCAAGUUCCUUCAGCUCAAUGGAUAUGCUGUAACUAGGGGUAUGAAGGACAUGGAGCAGGACAUUUCCUCUAUUGAGAAACGUUUUGCUUACGGUUUCCUCCAAAAGCUCCUUAAAUGGAUGGACAUCGCGCAGGAGUUCAUCGCUCAUCUUGAGGCUGUGGUUAGCAGUGGCAGAGUGGAGAAGUCACCACACGAGCAGGAGAUCAAAUUCUUUGCCAAGAUUCUAUUGCCACUGGUUAAUCAGUAUUUCAAGAACCACUGCUUGUACUUCCUCUCCACACCUGCAAAAGUCCUGGGAAGUGGAGGACAUUCCUCCAAUAAGGAGAAGGAGAUGAUUGCAAGUAUCUUCUGUAAGUUGGCUGCUUUGGUGAGGCACAGAGUUUCUCUUUUUGGAACGGAUUCCAAUGCAGUGGUAAACUGCCUGCACAUUCUGUCACGGUCACUGGACGCCAGGACUGUCAUGAAAUCAGGCCCUGAGAUUGUGAAGGCCGGUCUGCGUCAGUUCUUUGAGAGUGCUGCAGACGACAUUGAGAAGAUGGUAGAGAAUCUAAAGCUGGGCAAAUUGUCAAGCCGAAACCAGGUUAAGGGUGUGGCCCAGAACAUCGGCUACACCACCACGGCCCUGCUGCCCGUCCUCACCUCACUGUUUGACCAUAUUGCCCAGCACCAGUUUGGAGAUGACGUCAUUUUGGACGACUUGCAAAUAUCCUGCUAUCGUUUAAUGUGCAGUAUCUACUCUCUGGGCACUGUGAAGACUCCACAUGUAGAGAAACAGAGACCAGCUCUUGGCGAAUGCUUGGCCCACUUAGCAGCGGCAAUGCCAGUAGCCUACUUGGAGCCAGAACUGAAUGAGUUCAACACGUUUUCUGUUUACACCACCAAGACUCCCAGAGAGCGAUCAAUUUUGGGUCUCCCCAACCAAGUGGAGGAGCUGUGCACUGACAUCCCAGAGCUGGAUGUCUUGAUGAAGGAAAUCCAUGAUCUGGCUGAGUCAGGUGCUCGCUACACAGAAAUGCCCCACGUGAUUGAAAUUACCCUUCCAAUGCUGUGUAACUAUCUCCCACGCUGGUGGGAAAGAGGCCUGGAGAAUUUCCCUGAGCAGGAGGGCCAGCUCUGCACAGCUGUCACCUCUGAGCAGCUUAACCAUCUUCUGGGGAGCAUAAUGAAGAUUGUGGUCAACAACCUGGGUAUAGACGAAGCCUCCUGGAUGAAGAGAUUGGCAGUGUUUGCUCAGCCCAUCGUCAGCAGGGCUAAACCAGAGAUGCUUAAAUCCCACUUCAUCCCCACCAUGGAAAAGUUGAAGAAGCGCUCAGGGAAAGUUGUUGCAGAAGAGGAUCAUCUGCGUAUGGAGGGCAAGACAGAGGUGGACAGCGAAAAUGGGACCAUCCGAGAUGAGUUUGCUGUGCUGUGUCGGGACCUGUAUGCUCUCUACCCGUUACUCAUCCGCUAUGUGGACAAUAAUAGAGCAAGGUGGCUGACCUGUCCAGAUCCAGAUGCCGAGGAACUGUUCAGGAUGGUGGGAGAGGUCUUCAUUUUCUGGUCUAAAUCUCACAAUUUUAAGCGAGAGGAGCAGAACUUCGUGGUGAUGAAUGAAAUCAACAACAUGUCCUUCCUGACUGCUGACAGUAAGAGCAAGAUGACCAAGGCCGGAGACGGAGAGUCCGGAGGCUCAGAACAGGAGCGCACUAAGAAGAAGCGGCGUGGAGACCGUUACUCUGUACAGACCUCCCUUAUUGUAGCAGCCUUGAAGAAGAUGCUUCCCAUUGGCCUCAAUAUGUGCUCUCCUGCAGACCAGGAGCUCAUCAAUAUCGCCAAGAUCAGAUACUCACUGAAAGACACAGAUGAAGAGGUGAGGGAGUUCUUGCAAAACAAUCUGCAUCUUCAAGGCAAGGUGGAAGAUCCAGCUAUGCGCUGGCAGAUGUCUCUUUAUAAGGAGAUGUCUGGAAAAGCUGAAGAUGCCGAGGACCCUGAGAAGGUUGUGAAGAGGGUACAAGAGGUGUCUGCUGUGCUUUACCACAUUGAGGUGACUGAACAUCCCUUCAAGUCAAAGAAAAUGGUGUGGCACAAGCUGCUGUCCAAACAGCGCCGCAGGGCAGUGGUUGCGUGUUUCAGGAUGACGCCUUUGUACAACAUCCCCACGCACAGGGCAACGAACAUGUUUUUGGAUGCAUACAAACGCAACUGGUUAGAGACUGAGGGUUACUCAUUUGAGGACAAGAUGAUUGACGACUUAUCGAAAGCCUUGGAGGAAGAGGAAGAAGAGGAAGAGGAGACCGAGACGAAGCCUGACCCCCUUCAUCAGCUGAUUCUUCACUUCAGUCGUACAGCUCUCACAGAAAAGUCCAAACUGGACAUCGAUCAUCUUUAUAUGUCUUAUGCUGAUAUUAUGGCAAAGAGCUGCCACAUUGGUGAGGAAGACGAAGGUGAAGAGCAGGAGGGGGAUGAGCCAGCCUUUGAGGUGCGGCAGACAGAGAUGGAAAAGGAGAUGGAGAAACAGAGGCUUCUGUACCAACAGUCCCGUCUACACAACCGUGGGGCUGCAGAGAUGGUGCUACAGAUGAUCAGUGCCUGCAAAGGUGAACCUGGUGCCAUGGUUUCUUCCACUCUCAAACUAGGAAUCUCCAUCCUCAAUGGCGGCAACAGUGAUGUACAGCAGAGAAUGCUGGAUUAUCUGAAGGAUAAAAAGGAUGUGGGAUUUUUCCUUAGUGUUCAGGCUCUGAUGCAGACCUGCAGCGUUUUGGAUCUUAAUGCAUUUGAGAGACAGAACAAGGCUGAAGGACUUGGGAUGGUUUCAGAGGAAGGCACCAAUGAGAAAGUGAUGGCAGACGAUGAGUUUACAUGUGACCUCUUCCGCUUCCUGCAGCUUCUGUGUGAAGGCCACAAUAACGAUUUUCAGAACUACCUGAGAACUCAGACAGGCAGCACCACCACCAUCAAUAUCAUCAUCUGCACUGUGGAUUACCUGCUGCGACUACAGGAGUCGAUCAGUGACUUUUACUGGUACUACUCUGGUAAAGACAUCAUCGAUGAGCCUGGUAAGAGGAACUUCUCCAAAGCAAUGACUGUGGCCAAACAGGUCUUCAACAGCUUGACUGAGUACAUCCAGGGUCCGUGCACUGGAAACCAGCAGUCACUGGCCCACAGCAGAUUGUGGGAUGCCGUUGUGGGCUUCCUGCACGUCUUUGCUCAUAUGAUGAUGAAACUUGCUCAGGACUCCAGUCAAAUUGGACUGCUGAAAGAGCUGCUGGAUUUGCAGAAGGACAUGGUAGUGAUGCUUCUGUCUCUGCUUGAAGGCAAUGUGGUGAACGGCACCAUUGCCAGGCAGAUGGUCGACAUGCUGGUUGAGUCGUCAAGCAAUGUAGAGAUGAUCCUCAAGUUCUUCGACAUGUUCCUCAAGCUCAAGGACAUUGUGGCAUCUGACGCCUUCCGAGACUACGUGACUGACCCCCGUGGACUCAUCUCCAAGAAGGACUUCUCCAAGGCCAUGGACAGCCAGAAGCAGUACUCCCCCUCAGAAAUCCAGUUCCUCCUCUCCUGCUCAGAAGCUGACGAGAACGAGAUGAUCAACUUUGAGGAGUUUGCUGAUCGUUUCCAGGAGCCAGCCAAAGACAUUGGUUUCAAUAUCGCUGUUCUGCUGACAAACCUGUCAGAGCAUGUGCCUCAUGAUACCCGCCUACAGAACUUCCUGGAGCAGGCCGAGAGUGUUCUCAACUACUUCCGUCCGUUCCUGGGCCGCAUCGAGAUCAUGGGAGCCAGUAGGAAGAUUGAGCGCAUUUACUUUGAAAUCAGUGAGGCGAACCGCAAUCAGUGGGAAAUGCCACAAGUCAGAGAGUCCAAGCGGCAGUUCAUCUUUGAUGUGGUCAACGAGGGCGGUGAGAGUGAGAAGAUGGAGAUGUUUGUGAACUUCUGUGAGGACACCAUCUUUGAGAUGAACAUCGCUGCAUCCAUCUCUGAGCCAGAGGGAGACGGUGCAGAGGAAGAUGAUGACGAAGAAGAGGAGGGUGGAGGAGAGGAAGCAGAGUCUGGAGAAGGGGAGGAAGGCAAUGGAGAAGGUGAAGAUGCAGAGUCGACGUCCGCCUUUGCAGAGUUCCUGAAUAGUGUGUUUGACUUCUUCAACAUGUUCACCUUCCGUAAUCUGCGGCGUCAGUACCGCAAACUAAGGAAAAUGACAGUGAAGGAUAUGGUGAUCGGCCUGGUUACGUUUAUCUACACUGUUGUGAUGGGCAUCCUGAUGUUUGUUUACAGCAUAUGUAAGGGCUUCUUCACAUUCAUAUGGAAGGUGCUGUUUGGUGGAGGUUUAGUGGAGGGUGCCAAGAAGAUGACAGUGACAGAGAUUCUAGCGAGUAUGCCUGAUCCAACGCAGGAUGAAGUUCAUGGUGACCUUCCACCUGAACCAGGAGCUAGAGAAGUCCAAGAUGCAGAUGGAGCAGCAGAACUCUUAGAUGCAGGAGGGGAAGAGGAGGAAGAAGGGGAUGGCGAGGAGAGAGAAGGAGGUCGUCUGCCUGGCUUCAAUACUCCUGGUGGACUUGGAGACUUUGGUGAGACGACACCAGAAGAGCCUCCAACUCCAGAGGGGACGCCACUGCUGAAAAGGAAACUGGUGGAACAGAUGGCUUCCACAGUGGAAGGAGAGGAGCAACCCGUUGCACGUGAGGGAGAAGAGGUUCCUCAGGAAACUGAGAAAGCAGACACUGAGAGUGGAGAGAAGGAUAAGAAGGCAGAACCUGAACCUGAAGUAAAGGAAGAAAAGCCAGAAGAGCCGAAGGAGGAGGAGGAAAUAAUAGUGACGACCAAGACAAAGAAAGACAAGAAACCUGUUGAAGAGGGCUUUGAGCUCUGGAAUGAGCUGGAGGUUCAGAGGAUUAAAUUCAUGAAUUACCUUUCUCGUAACUUCUACAACUUUCGGUUCUUGGCUCUGUUCAUCUCCUUCGCUCUCAAUUUCAUCCUGCUCUUCUACAAGGUGUCUGACACUCCUCCAGGUGAGGAAGACUUUGAGGGUUCUGGUCUGUUUGAGGGCUCUGGCAUGUUUGAAGGCUCUGGCGCUGAGGAGGAUGGUUCCGGAUUAGAUGCUGGAGGAGAAGAAGAUGAUGAAGAAGGUCCUAUGUACUACUUCUUGGAGGAGAGUACUGGUUACAUGGAACCAGCCAUGGCUUUCUUUGGUAUCGUCCACACCAUCAUCUCCUUCCUUUGCAUCAUCGGUUACAACUGCCUCAAGGUCCCUCUCGUUAUCUUCAAGAGGGAGAAGGAGCUGGCCAGAAAGCUGGAGUUUGACGGACUUUAUGUCACUGAGCAGCCAGAGGACGACGACAUUAAGGGCCAGUGGGACAGAAUGGUGCUCAACACUCCCUCUUUCCCCAACAACUACUGGGACAAGUUUGUCAAAAGAAAGGUGCUGGAUAAAUAUGGAGACAUCUAUGGCAGAGAGAGGAUCGCAGAGCUGCUCGGCAUGGACUUGGCUUCUCUGGACGUCAGCGCCAUGACACACGAAAAGAAGCCUGAACAAGACACCUCACUGUUCAGCUGGAUAACAUCUAUUGACAUCAAGUACCAGAUCUGGAAGUUUGGUGUUGUGUUCACUGACAACACUUUCCUCUACCUGGUCUGGUACAUGCUGAUGUCUCUCCUCGGACACUACAACAACUUUUUCUUCGCUUGCCAUCUCCUGGACAUCGCAAUGGGAGUUAAAACCCUGCGCACCAUCCUGUCCUCCGUUACUCACAAUGGCAAACAGCUGUUGAUGACGGUGGGUUUGCUCGCCGUGGUGGUGUACCUGUACACCGUGGUGGCCUUCAACUUCUUCCGCAAGUUCUACAACAAGAGCGAGGACGAGGACGAACCGGACAUGAAGUGUGACGACAUGAUGACGUGUUACCUGUUCCACAUGUAUGUUGGCGUGCGUGCCGGUGGUGGUAUUGGAGAUGAAAUCGAGGACCCAGCUGGAGAUGAAUAUGAGCUCUACCGAGUGGUCUUCGACAUCACCUUCUUCUUCUUUGUCAUUGUCAUCCUGUUGGCUAUUAUCCAGGGUCUGAUCAUUGAUGCCUUUGGAGAGCUGAGAGACCAGCAGGAGCAGGUCAGAGAGGACAUGGAGACAAAGUGUUUCAUCUGCGGAAUUGGAAGCGACUACUUUGACACGACGCCGCACGGCUUUGAGACACACACCUUAGAAGAGCACAACUUAGCUAACUACAUGUUCUUCCUGAUGUAUCUCAUCAAUAAAGAUGAGACGGAACACACAGGACAGGAGUCAUACGUGUGGAAGUUGUACCAAGAGCGAUGCUGGGACUUCUACCCUGCUGGAGACUGCUUCAGGAAGCAGUAUGAGGAUCAGCUCGGAUAACGUCCCGCCAUCGUGCACGAGCGUCCGAACGAGUAGAUGCAAGAGAGGAGUGAGGAGGGAAGGGAAAUCUACAGGGAGGAAGAAAUAGAGAGGUCUUAGUUUUGCCUUUUUUCUCUCCUCUGCUGAAGCUAUGCACACUUUGACUGCACUAUUGUACCACCUGCAAUAGAGUGUUAAUGGAUUGGAUGAGAAAAGUAGAAUAAAAAACAUCAGAUAGGCAUAAAUACACACAAGAAGCCAGGGGCCUUUUUUUUAUUCUGCUAUGAAACACUACAUGGCCUUUUUUGUGUAAAGUAAACACACAACAGGCUCUUUGAGUAGCUACUGCUGUAAACAUUACAGUGCCUAUAGCAACGUCACUGCUUCAGCGAUCAAAUAGUUUCGAUUUUUAGCUUUAAAUGCUUUUCCUUCAGAGUAGAGUGUAUAUGUUUUAUGAUUAUCGUUUGUAAUGUUGGAGAUUUGUUUCAUAUAUAUGUGGCUGCUUUGAUAUUAUGGUAUUUCAUCUCCGAUCUCUGGUGGGUGAGAGUGAGAGAGCUUUUUUGUUGUCGAAAGAAAUGAUUCAGCAGCUCACGGUUGAGUCUCUGAGAUCCUUGAGGGAGCAGCGAACAUUUAGCCUUGUCCCACCCGAGUCCCUUUCUUCCUCUCUCAAGGCAGAGAAUCUCAUCUUUUAAGCAAGCGACCACGUAUGGAAACUGGUGUUGGACUGACUCGUAAUGAUCGGAGAAUCUUACAGACAAACACAGUUUGCACUUUGAAGUCUUACAACGCGUCCCUGGACGUAUGCGUCCCUCUAUCUCCGCCGGUGUCGCUGUACCUGAUAAGAUAGAGAUGAUUUACACACAUACAGUGCAGGAGGAUGCCAAGGUUAUUUAUUUAUUGUUUAUAUGCAGAUCAGAACUUCUGAAGACGACCGUUUUAGCCCGUCUGUAUUUCUGGCCACGGCCUGCUUUGUGACACUUGAUGCACAAAAUAGGUUUUUGUCGGUGCAUUUAAAUAAGUGAUGAAUGUAUUUAAUGUAUACAUUUUUGCCAAAGGGUCAUCUGUAUAACUGAGUAAUGACGAGGCUACUAAGAGGCCUUUUGAUGAAGAGACAUAUUUUACAUAAAUCAUAGAUACAUAUAUUUAUUUUUCUUUAAGGCUUUGAAGAAUUUAAACCAUCCAUGCUACUUUGUCGGACAUGAACGCGCCUCGCGUCCUGUUAGUGGAAACCACAGUGGUGAAGAGAACUGGUCUCACACUGAAGAAAAUGCCCAGUUUGCAGUCAGACGAGAGGACGGCUUUUGUUUUUGCUAGUUAGGUUUUUACGAUAGAUAUUUUUUAGUAAAUCCAGCGUAUCGGUUAAUUUUCUCGAUCAAGAAAGCCACGUGUGACGCGUUGAUCUCAGACACUUCUGUGUCGCUGCUCUUCAUUCAAACUCACAAUCUCGCAUUUGGCGCUACGACUGGCCUUUGUCGGUGUCUCUGAAGUGUGCAUGUGCGGCCGUUGAUGGUAUGAAGCUGAAUGGAGAUCACUACUUUCCACCUGAGUGUCCUCUGACUGAAUCCUGUGUUUCAAUACAGAAUAAACAGAUUAUUUUAAGGAGAA